CUCAAACGUUCGGGUGAUUACACAGAAUAAAAUAAUAUUUUUUAAUCAGAAGCUCUGUUUAGGCAUUUGGCGAUUUAUAUAAGUACCCACGCCUCCCACUCUCACGACCUCCAAACAAACGAGCUCUUUGUUUUUUGUUUUUUUUGUUCCUGCCCCAAGCUUCAUUGAUUCCAGUACUUCUACCUUCUGCAAUGGAGACUCUCCCCAGCGACAUGCGCAAGGUCCUGAACUUUCCAGAUGAGAUGGAGAAGAUGCUCCAACCCCCCGCACGUGCCUACGUCAAGAACGCCAAGGCCAUUUUCCGUACUCCUGCUGACGUGUACGAGCACCCGGAUUCCUACUCAUUCGUCCUCGACAUGCCUGGUCUCGAUGUUGCCAACAUCAAGGUGAAGGUGGAGAAUGGGGUACUACACGUGGCAGGCAAGAAGAAGAAGAAGAAGGCGGGAGAAGAGAAGGAAGGUGUGAAGGCGAUAAGGGUGGAAAGGAGAAGGUCGAGAUACAUGAGGAAAUUCACUCUCCCUCAGGAUGCGAAUCCCGAGGAGGUGAACGAAUCCUACAAGGACGGUGUUCUGACGGUGAUCGUUAGCAAGAGGCCUCGCCAGCAAGAGCCGUCCAAACCCAAGACCGUCAUUAUCCCUAUCUCGUAAGCGGCUUAGAUCUUACCUUACUUCAUAAAAUAAUGCAAUGGCCACAGAUUGAUCUACGAAAAAAAGAAAGAAAGAAACAAGGAAAAAAAAGGAAAGACGUAAGGGAGUUUUUAUUGUCUUGCUGGUUGUAGCUGGGU